UUCACUUAGCCUUAUUUCUUACAAUGAUUUCCCCUUUUCACACAACGAAUCUGGCCACUUUCCAAAACCCACGACAUAUGCCAGGCUAUGCAGGCCAUUGUCCCCAAGCCAAGUUGUGGCAUUACGGCGACACAUUCGGUAACACCACAGCAAAGUAUUUCCAGGACAGAAGGAUAGCAAAGCUGAACAAUAGUAAGGCGACACAGCCAGGAACAUACGGUGAUGGUAGACCUGAAUUUCCCUCUGUUUACUCCAACACGCCUAACCUGGUCCUCGCUGCUCGAACGAAAACAAGAGAACGGUGGCGCAAUGCUAAGAAAUACUCUCUGUUUAACGAGCACGAAAGGGGACAAGAAGUAAAGAAAUUUGACCAGCUUGCUCAGAGUCAUCGGGAAAAUUACAAGGAUAGAAGUGGUACAGUUCUAAGAGUGGAGCAGUUUGUUAUCCCCCGGAAAGUGCAGCCAGCAAUAACCAGGUAA